AUCGCAAUGUGGGCAUUGAUCAAGCCAGCUGCCAGGGCAGCGGGCGCAGGGCUUGGGCACUGGAGCCCAGCCCCGGGCCGCACCUCCAGCAGCGCUGGGUGCAGAAGGCAACCACUGUGGCCGUGGAGAGAGGGAGUGUGUACCUAGACACGUGUGCUUCUGGGGUAAGGUUCUGAAGGCUGAGUAGCCAGCGGGAUGCCUGGCUUGCUGAAUUGGAUCACGGGGGCAGCCCUGCCCCUCACGGCGUCUGACGUUACCUCCUGUGUCAGUGGUUAUGCCCUGGGCCUAACUGCCUCCCUCACCUAUGGCAACUUGGAAGCCCAGCCCUUCCAGGGCCUCUUCGUGUACCCCCUGGAUGAGUGCACCACGGUGAUCGGCUUUGAGGCAGUCAUUGCCGACCGUGUCGUGACGGUACAGAUCAAGGACAAAGCCAAGCUGGAGAGCGGCCACUUUGAUGCCUCCCAUGUUCGAUCCCCAACAGUCACAGGGAACGUUCUGCAAGAGGGGGUUUCCAUCGCCCCUCGUUCCUGCACACCGGGAAAGGUGACCUUGGAUGAGGAUUUGGAGCGGAUCCUGUUUGUGGCCAACCUGGGGACCAUUGCCCCCAUGGAGAACGUCGCCAUCUUCAUCAGCACCUCCUCGGAGCUCCCGACGCUGCCCAGUGGGGCUGUGAGGGUCCUUCUGCCUGCUGUCUGUGCCCCAACCGUGCCCCAGUUCUGCACCAAGAGCACUGGCACCUCCAACCAACAGGCCCAGGGCAAAGACAGGCACUGCUUUGGUGCCUGGGCCUCGGGCUCCUGGAAUAAGUUGUGUCUAGCGACUCUCCUGAACACUGAUGUGUCCAACCCCAUGGAGUAUGAGUUCAACUUCCAGCUGGAGAUCCGUGGGCCAUGUCUGCUCGCAGGGGUGGAGAGUCCCACGCACGAGAUUCGUGCCGAUGCUGCCCCAUCUGCCCGCUCGGCCAAGAGCAUCAUCAUCACCUUGGCCAACAAGCACACCUUUGACCGGCCUGUGGAGAUCCUCAUCCACCCCAGUGAGCCCCAUAUGCCCCAUGUCCUGAUAGAGAAAGGGGACAUGACGCUGGGAGAGUUUGACCAGCACUUGAAGGGAAGAACAGAUUUCAUUAAAGGGAUGAAGAAGAACAGCAGUGCAGAGCGGAAGACAGAAAUCAUUCGCAAACGCCUCCACAAAGACAUUCCCCACCACUCCGUCAUCAUGCUCAACUUCUGUCCCGACCUCCAGUCAGUCCAGCCGUGCCUGAGAAAGGCCCACGGGGAGUUCAUCUUCCUCAUUGACAGGAGCAGCAGCAUGAGCGGGAUCAGCAUGCACCGAGUCAAGGACGCCAUGUUGGUGGCCCUUAAGAGCCUCAUGCCAGCCUGCCUCUUCAAUAUCAUUGGGUUUGGAUCUACAUUUAAGAGCCUUUUUCCUUCCAGCCAGACCUACAGUGAGGAGAGCUUGGCCAUGGCCUGUGAUGACAUCCAGAGAAUGAGGGCCGACAUGGGUGGGACCAACAUCCUUUCCCCUCUCAAGUGGAUCAUCAGGCAGCCAGUGCACCGAGGCCACCCGCGACUCCUCUUCCUGAUCACAGAUGGCGCUGUCAACAACACGGGGAAGGUACUGGAGCUGCUGCGAAAUCACGCCUUCUCCACCAGGUGCUAUAGCUUUGGAAUUGGACCCAACGUCUGCCACAGACUGGUGAAAGGGCUGGCAUCUGUGUCCAAGGGCAGUGCUGAGUUCCUGAUGGAGGGGGAGCGGCUGCAACCCAAGAUGGUCAAAUCCUUGAAGAAGGCCAUGGCCCCAGUCCUGAGUGAUGUGACUGUGGAGUGGAUCUUCCCUGAGACCACUGAGGUCCUGGUCUCACCCAUCAACGCCAGCUCCCUCUUCCCUGGAGAACGGCUGGUGGGGUAUGGCAUUGUAUGUGAUGCUUCCAUGCACAUCUCCAAUCCCAGAUCUGACAAGAGGCGUCGGUACAGCAUGCUGCACUCUCAGGAGUCUAGCAGCUCCGUCUUCUACCACUCUCAGGACGACGGACCCGGACAGGAAGGUGGAGACUGUGCCAAGAACUCGGGAGCACCCUUCCUCCUAGGGCAGGCCAAAGAUGCCCUGCUAGUCAGCAGAAACUCCACCACCAAGCACGAUCCGAACGUCUCCCAGCGACGGAGGGCAUAUAGCACCAACCAGAUCACCAAUCACAAGCCCUACCCAAGGGCUACCACAGCGAGUGACCCCAUGCCAGCUGCCAAGAGAUACCCACUGCGGAAAGCCAGGCUGCAGGACCUCACCAACCAGACCAGCCUGGAUGUCCAGUGGUGGCAGAUUGAUUUGCAGCCCUUGCUGAACAGUGGUCAGGACCUGGACCAGGGCCCCAAACUCCGUGGCCCAGGGGCCCGAAGGCCCUCUCUGCUGCCCCAAGGCUGCCAGUCCUUCCUGCCCUGGGGCCAGGAGACCCAGGCCUGGAGCCCCGUGAGAGAGCGGACUUCUGACAGCCGAAGCCCCGGAGAUCUAGAGCCGUCCCACCACCCCUCUGCCUUCGAGACAGAGACAUCCUCGGACUGGGAGGCCCCAGCCGAGUCCCAGGAGCGAGCCAGUCCCAGCAGGCCCGCCACCCCUGGCCCGGUGCUGGGCAAGGCCCUGGUGAAAGGCCUGCGCGACAGCCAACGCCUGCAGUGGGAGGUGAGCUUCGAGCUGGGGCCCCCCGGACCGGAGCGGCGCGGCGAGCGGGAUGCCGACCUAUGGUCCAACCGCCGCUACCAGGUGAGCGCCUUGCACACCAGCAAGGCCUGCAAUGUCAUUAGCAAAUACACAGCCUUCGUGCCUGUGGACGUGAGCAUGAGCCGGUACCUGCCCACCAUGGUGGAGUACCCCAACUCUGGAGCUGCCCUGCGUAUGCUCAGUUCUCGAGCUCUGGCCCAACAGUGGAGGGGCACCUCUUCUGGCUUCGGACGGCCGCAGACCAUGCUUGGAGAAGACUCGGCAGCAGGAGAUGACAUGGAGGCAAGUCCCACUGCUCCCUUCAGGGAGACCACAUCCCCUGGCCGCGAGAAGCACGGUGCUUCUGAAGGUCCCCUGCGCAGCCUGGCCACAAAUACUCUUUCUUCCAUGAAGGCCUCAGAGAAUCUCUUUGGAUCCAGGCUAAAUCUCAACAAGUCCAGGCUACUGACGCGAGCAGCCAAGGGCUUCCUGAGCAAGCCACUGAUCAGAGCUAUGGAGUCGACCUCCGGGAACCAGAGCUUCGACUACGUACCACUGGUGUCUCUGCAGCGGGCCUCCGGAGCCUUCCUGCUCAACCAAGCCUUCUGUGAGGCCACACACAUCCCCAUGGAGAAGCUCAAGUGGACAUCCCCUUUCACCUGCCACCGAGUGUCCCUCACUGCCCGCCCGUCUGAGUCCAAGACCCCGAGUCCCCAGCUGUGCACCAGCUCCCCAUCUCGGCACCUGUCCUGUGACAGCUUCUCCCUGGAGCCUCUGACCAAGGGCAAGCUGGACCUGGAGCCGAAGGCAGUGAUGGAGCACACUGGGAAGCUGUGGGCCACGGUAGUGGGGCUGGCAUGGCUGGAGCACAGCUCGGCCUCCUACUUCACUGAGUGGGAGCUGGUGGCCGCCAAGGCCAACUCAUGGCUGGAGCAGCAGGAAGUACCCGAGGGCCGCACGCAGGGCACACUCAAGGCCGCUGCCCGCCAGCUUUUUGUGCUUCUGCGGCACUGGGAUGAGAAUCUCAAGUUCAAUAUGCUCUGCUAUAACCCGAAUUAUGUGUAGUUGGGUGAGGGGGAGGCUGGGUGGAGGGAAGGGUGGGGAGGAGAGGGAUGGGUAGGGUCAUGUCGGCCUGCUUUGGGGAGCUUUUGGAGCUGUAGCCAAUACAUCAGUUACUAGAAAGAGCCCUGGACUGGCAGCCAGGAGGCCUGAGUUCAAUCCCAACUUUGCUACCAUCCAGCCAUGCAACUUUAGGCCAGUCCCUGCCCCCUAUCUGGGCCACAGUUCCCUCAUCUAUAAAAUAAGAGGGUGAGAUGAGGGAAGUGGAGUGGAUCUUAAACGGUUCAGCGGUUCCUUUCUGCCCAUGCAGGCAGUCCCAGGCCGACUGCUGCUGGGGCUGGGGAAGGAAGUCGCAGUGGAAGCCUGAGACCUCUCUGGAGGUAGACCACGUGGGCACAGCAAUGCCCACUCAAAUAAAAGGGCAGAUGAGAGGACCCAGUGACCGCAAGUAACCAGGCCUACAGGCUUGCAGAGGCACAUAGAGACUAGCCAGUCUGGUGCUUGUAGGACAGGCUCUUGUCUCCAAGGUAACAGCCUAGGACCCCCUAAAUCCCACUUAAAAGCCAAUUGGAGAACCAUCCUUCUCAACGCUUUUCAAAAGAGUCGCUCGGGAGCCUU